AUGGUUGUCAUGGAACAAAAGGACGCGGUUGGCCCGCGUUCGCCCGGAAGCGGUCGUAUCCCACGGCGGGGCUCUUCAGAAGAUGACGAUGGCGAUGGUGUUGUCGGCACUGUCAAAAGUAAAAACCAAGCAGAGCGAAACCGCCCAAUGCGAUUGGGCGUGCGACCGCACUAUUUUCUUCCUGGUGACAUUGUUUGGGUGCGCCCCGCGGCUUUACCGUAUUGGCCGGCGGAAGUGGUUCAAGCGGAGGUAUCAACGAACAGCAUCACCGCGCGUCUUUUUGAUCCCCCGGCGUUACUCUCCUUGCAAGCGGAUGGGAACUUCUCGCGGGACCACGUCACGGUUUCUGCGACGAAGGUGUUUUUCUUUGAUCGUCUUUCCACGCCAGAGGAGGUGGAAGUGUGCAUCGAGCAGCGGCUGCAGCGGACGACGCACAACGUGUCAGCGUACGAGGCGGACUUUCAGCGCGCUGUUCUCCAUGCCAACCGGUUAGUGCGCAUCGUUCUGAGCCCGGAAAAACUUCAGCCGCGCCUUAUUUGCGGUGUGGGGGUGGUGCACAGUUUGAUGCGGACACACAUCUCUGCCCCGCGACAGCCGCACACGACAAAUUUCACUCCGCAGACCGCCGUCAUUAAGCUGCGGGUUGGUCUUGAGAACGCCGUGCGGGAUCUGCGUGGUUUUGAGUUCAUUUGGGUGUUAUUUUUAUUCUCGUACGCCACGGAUGCAGACGAAACGGGAGAUGCGAACGGACCGGGCGUUUUGGACGCCCUUCAAGGAGGAGCUCAGCGGCGACGGCGACAAGGCGCCGAAAACUCAGCCGGAUUCAAAACGAUGCUUGUGCCACCACGGGACAGCCAGCUGCGUGGGGUCUUUGCGACGCGAAGUCCGCACCGGCCAAACUUUAUUGGUAUCUCAUGCGUGCGGCUCGUUGCUGUGCAGGGGCUGGAGGUUCACAUUGCCGACCAUGACCUUCUUCACGGCACACCGGUGCUGGAUAUUAAACCGUACUUGCCAUACUGCGACGCCCACCCGAACGCGAAGGCGGGAUGGGUGGAGGAAUUAGAGAACUCUGGCCGAGUUGGCGCAGACCACAAGUAUGACAUGCAGCGAAUGCAAGUGGAUCGCAUCUUUGAGGAUGAAUGA